CACCAGGCGGGGAUACUCUGGGGGGAGGAGCUGCCUUUGUAGUGGGUCCCAGCCCAGCCCGGCAAGAAGCUCCCUCCUCUGCUCCUCCGCUAUCCCGAGAGACGGACAUGGCCCACAAGCACCCUGCCUGCAUCCAGGAUCCCAACAAGGUCCAGCGGCUGCUGCUCCGCUCCCAGGAAGCCAAGAAGUUCGCCUACUGUCCCUACAGUCACUUCCCCGUGGGGGCUGCCCUCCUCACCGGGGACGGGAAGAUCUUCUCCGGGUGCAACAUAGAAAACGCCUGCUACUCACUGGGCACCUGUGCUGAACGGACCGCUAUCCAGAAGGCCAUCUCAGAAGGGUACAAAGAUUUCAGGGCAAUUGCUAUUGCUAGUGACUUGCAAGAUGAUUUCAUCUCACCUUGUGGGGCCUGCAGGCAAGUCAUGAGAGAGUUUGGCACCAACUGGACUGUCUACAUGACCAAGCCAGAUGGCACCUAUGUUGCCAGGACAGUCCAGGAGCUACUGCCUGCCUCCUUUGGGCCCAAGGACUUGCAGAAGAUGCAGUGAAAGGUGGAGAAUGCCCAGCACCUGGGAGAGCCUGGGUUCCCACACGCUCCAGGGGACACCACCUGGAGAACUUCAUGAAGACGUUCUCACAGACCUGGGACACCUGCCCAAUGGGCCCCAAGCCCACAGGGGCUGGGCAGAGAUGACUUUUCCAAGUGACACUCAAGCACUGCAGUCUUCUGAUGUGAUAGAGGGUCUCACUCCAGCCUGGGCACCAGCCCCCCUAUAACCCACCUGUCCUCCCCAGACAAGAGCACCUCAUUCCUUCCUUUCCUUCCUGCAGACCAUCUCUAAAAUCCCAGCCAAGUCUGGGCAACUUCCCCAUUAGCCUUCCUGAGGUUCUAGCCUGUUUUGAGUGACUUUUCUCAUUAUAAACAUCACUGCAACCCUGGCCGGUUUGGCUCAGCGGUUAGAGCGUCGGCCUGCGGUCCAGAGAGACCCGGGUUCGGUUCCCGC